CAACACAAAGAACAACAACGACUCGAUUCAGUGGGCAAGUGCAGAGCAACGAUGGCAUCAGCUACUCAAAUGGAAGGCAAAUGGGUUCAGCUUAAACAGAAAGGGACCGGACCAGGAGCAAGAAGCUCUCACGCCAUAGCUCUUGUGGGAAACAAAGUGUACGCCUUUGGCGGCGAGUUCCAACCGCGUGUUCCCGUGGACAACCAUCUCUACGUUUUCGACCUCCACACCUGUACAUGGUCGAUCCAGGAAGCUUCAGGUGACGCUCCUCCUCCUAGAGUAGGUGUAGCCAUGGCUGCAGUGGGACCCGUCAUCUACUUCUUUGGUGGCCGGGACGCGACUAACCAGGAGCUCAACGAGCUCUACUGUUUCAACACUUCGACCAACCAGUGGAAGCUACUCUCUUCAGGGGAAACCGGUCCUGAAAACCGAAGCUACCACUCGAUUGCUGCUGAUUCUCAGAACGUCUAUGUGUUUGGUGGUUGCGGUGUUGAGGGUCGUCUAAACGAUCUGUGGGCGUACAACGUUGUUGAUCAGAAGUGGAUUAAGUUCCCAUCUCCAGGAGAAGCCUGUAAAGGAAGAGGCGGUCCAGGGCUCGAGGUGGUUGAAGGGAAGAUCUGGGUUGUAUAUGGAUUUACGGGAGAAGAAGCUGAUGAUGUCUACUGUUUCGACAUAGCUAAAGGAGAAUGGAAAGAAGUUGAGACAAAAGGCGAGAAACCGUCUCCAAGAAGUGUUUUUUCGACGGCGGUUGUUGGGAAACAGAUAGUGAUAUUUGGAGGGGAGGUUGAUCCGAGCGAUUUGGGGCAUAUGGGAGCAGGGAGCUUCACUGGUGAAGCUUAUGGGCUUGAUACAGAGACGUUUGAAUGGAGGAAAUGGAAGGAUGGGUUUGGAUCAGAGGAGCAUCCCGGGCCUAGAGGAUGGUGCGCGUUCGCGGCUGGAUCACGGGACGGUAAGGAUGGCUUGUUGGUUUAUGGAGGGAACUCGCCGAGCAAUGAUAGGCUUGAUGAUAUCUUCUUCUUCAUUCCCAACUGAUUGGUAACUAAGUGUGGUUUGGUUUUCUUGCCAAAUCAUUGUCUGAUUCGGUGUGCUUUAUGCCACAGAAUCUGAUGAGAAGACUGUAUUAAGUUGUUUUUUGUUUCUGUUUUCCCUAUCGGAUUGGGUGAAGUUUCUGUUUAUCUACGCUUUUGUAAAUCGGGAUUAUUGUUUAAAUCAAUAUUCUGUGUGUAA